CCUUGCUUGCUCAACAGAUCAACUCAAGUCCGCCCUGCCUUAGGUGCAGCUGCGUGCGCUGUCAACCAAAGGCAUUAUCCGGUUCUUCCAGAAGCUUAACCCUCAGCUUACAAAUCGGUCCCCGAUGGCGCCAUUAAUGCUCAGUUGCUCACAAGCAUUUCACACAAGUCGCAAGCAUUGCACGCACGAAGCCUUCGAACAGCGAUGUCGUCGCCGUCGUCGUCAGUGGACCUCCCGUGGCAGGCGCGCGGCGGCGGUGUCUUUGACGUCGGGCAGGGCAGCGCGCUGGUGCUCGCGUCAUACCCGGUGCUCCUGCUCCUCGUCCUCCUCUCCGCCUUCGUCAGGUACGUGUGGAUCGCGCUCGCGCUCUACUGCGCGAUCCUGUUCCUGCUCUCCUGCACCGGCCGCCUGCUCGCCGGGCCGGUGGUGUUCGUGAAAGACGACGCCACGGCGGCCGUCGAGCGGGGCGGCCUAUCACAGGCGUCCAUUGCGGCCAUCCCGGCAUUCGUGUACGGUGCCGCUGCCGGCGACGGCGAGGCCCAGUGUGCGGUGUGCCUGGAGGCUCUGUCCGGUGGGGAGAAGGCGCGGCGGCUGCCGGUGUGCACGCACACGUUCCACGUUGGGUGCAUCGACAUGUGGUUCCACUCGCAUGCAACGUGCCCGGUCUGCCGCUGCCAUGUCGAGCCGCUCAAGGCCGGCAAGAUGGCGCCGUUGCCACCAGAGCCGCCUCUGCCGCCGGUGUAGUUGUUGGUGGCUGCACCACGGCUGUGCAGGACAUAAGAUUGUACAGAUUUACAGUAGAUUUGAGUUGCCUCACUGCCUCAUUAUCGUCGUCUUGGUACUCUGCUGACCAUCGAAUGCCGUGUACUCCGUACUCCCUGUAUCCAAAAAUACACUGCUUAUUAGACUUUUUAAAAGUCAAACUUUGUAAAUUUUGAUCAAGUUUAUUAAAAAACAUCAGCAUUUAAAAUACCAAA